CUUUAAUGCAGGGGCCAACGAGGUAUCUUUCUGCAGCAUUUGGGCUGAAGCUGUACCUGACUCCAAACAGGGGUCCCUCUGGAAUCGCGACUGGACAACGCGCAUCGAAAGGGAAUCCCCAUCAAACCGAACGUCGCUGCGGUUGCCAAACACUGUCACAGGCAUCCGACAUCGUCAACAAAAAGGCGGCUCCUAUUUGACCUUUGUGCACCCGGCUCUAGGCCUCAUCUGCGAUAUCUCGACUCUACCUACCUGAUUUUGCAACGUCAGUGUCCGUCUGCCCCGCGACAAUUCACCCACACAGUCGGCCAGUCCCGCGAUGGGAUUGAGGAGAAUACAAAAUGCAACAGCGACGAGAUGAAAUCCUCGCAAAGAAGGCUAAGCUUGCGGAGCUUAAGCGACAGAGAGAGCUUCGUGCAACUCAGGCAACAGCAAGCCGGCAAAGCGCAGGAAGCCCAGGCGACCUGGUCUCCCCAAUCCCAGGCCGAGCCGAGAACCGCCGCGACAUCGAAACCUUGAUCAAUAGCUUGGUGGGAGAAAGUCGACCUGGAUCAACGACCGGAGGAGCUGCGUCACCGGCCCGUAGGGGAAGCCGGCCUAACAGCGUCCUCAGCGCAGGAGAGUUGAGUACUGCAACAUCGGAAUUCGCAACCCCCGCCAAUGGCCAACCAACUCCGGCCCCAGCUCCUGUCGCAACCCCCGUGCAGCUGAGUCUGACGACGGCACCGCUCACGACUAUCUACGAAGUCCCUCCAUCUCCUGUCAAGGAGGUGCACUCAUACAGCAAGGGAGUGCAAACGGCGGAAGCAUGGACUUCGCCAACCCGACCUAGAGCCCAGUCACUCUCCGACACCGAAGACAUCCCUCCGAUUACAUCGACGCCCAGCAAGAGGCUGAGCCGAAGGCAGCGGGAUCGCGAAGAAGAGCUGCGGCAGGACAUUCGAAAGGAGGUGGAAGAGGAGCUCAAGGCCUCGCUGGACCUGCUCAAGGAUGGUGUAAUUCCGAGCGAUACCCCGGCGAAGGCGAAUUAUCCCAUGCGCAAGCUUACUGCCGAGGAGCUGGAAGCCGUUACUGGCGCCCCCGACUUUUCUGAAUUCUUGGAGAAAUCUACAAAGGUGAUCGAGAGAGCUCUUGACCAGGAAUAUGAUAUUCUCACAGAUUACGCCCUCCAAGGUCAAGAUGUGGAUGACGACGACGAUGAUAGCGGCAACGUUGGUGGCAAAGGUCGGCGGAGAGUCAAGGAGGUGGUCCAGUUCUUCGAUGAAAGAUGGUCGAAGAAACGCAUGAUCAGCAGCAUCGACUUCUCGCAUCAUCAUUCUGAGCUGAUGCUGGCAUCGUACACCAAAAACCCAACUGCACCACACGAGCCGGAUGGUCUGGUCCAAGUCUGGAGCUUGGCUCUGCGUGACAGACCAGAGUAUGUUUUUCAUGCACAGUCUGAUGUUCUCACAGCGAAAUUCUCCCCUUAUCACCAAAAUCUCAUUAUCGGUGGCACUUACAGUGGCCAAGUACUGCUGUGGGAUAUGAGAGCAAAAUCGGCACCCGUCCAGAAGACGCCGCUCACAGGAUACGGCCACACGCACCCCAUCUAUUCGGUCGAUAUUGUGGGUACUCAAAACGCCAACAACAUCAUUUCAACUUCUACGGACGGUGUGGUCUGCGGCUGGAGCAUGGACGUCUUUGCCCAGCCGCAAGAGCUGUUGGAGCUCAAGGCACCGCCGGGUUACAAGUUGGACGAUAUCAGCCCGACCUCUUUAGCGUUUCCCCAAACGGAUCCUACGUUUUUCCUCGUUGGCAGUGAAGAGGGCACUAUUUUCCCCUGCCACAGAUACGACCGAGCCGGCGCAAAGGCCGGAGUUGAUGCUCGUGUCAGCUACAAGGGACACACGGCACCGGUCAUGUCGGUUGACUUCCAUCCUGCCCGCGGCCCUGUGGAUCUUGGUGACUUGGUUCUCUCAUCUUCUCUCGACUGGAGCGUCAGACUGUGGAAGGUUCGCGCACCCGCGGCGACAUCGACAGCAGGUGUUGAGCCGACUGUCUCACCACUUAUCGACUUUGUGCGAGAAGACGUGGUAUAUGAUGCACAAUGGUCGCCGAUCAAGCCCAGUGUUUUCGCCCUGGUUGAUGGGGCAGGCUGGCUCGAGCUAUGGGAUAUCACAGUGGAGACUGAGGAGCCUGUCGCGAGAAUAUCCCCGAGCUCUCGCAAGGAUGGUAGAACGAUGCUUGCCAAGAGCUUGAACAAGGUUGUGUGGGAGCCUUCCGAGGGCAAGCGUCUGGCUACGGGAGGUAUUGACGGAGUCUUGACCGUGUUCGAGGUGGCGUCUGGCCUAGGAGGAAGAGACGACCUCAAGGCGGAGGAGUGGACAAACGUGAAGAAGCUGGUCAAUAGGGUUGAGGCUCACGGUUUGAACGGAGCGAUGGUGUAG